AUGAAUCCAGUCUCACCCCAGUUAGAACAACACGAUGUCCUGUCACCUAUCGACCCUAUAUCGCGCCAAAUAUUCGAGCGUACAACCUCCCGUCAGAACCACAGUCCGACUGCCGCCAAUGCAUCCUCCGGAAACUUCGCGACAGUCCUCACCAAGUCCGCGGAGGGCGUCGGUGAUCUGCGGCGCAUAGAUACGUCGGCAAGCAGUAGGAUCAGCACCGGCAAAGACAAGAAAAAGGGUGUAUCGUUCCUGAGUCGGAUCAUGGGAAGUAAGAAACGCGACGAAGAAGCAGAAGAAGUACGAGACCAGAUCUCCGAGAUAUCUGACAACCGAUCGAGCGGACACGACGUCGAAGUGUUUUCCGAUCCCGUCGGUUUCAUCCCUCGGUUUCCCGCCCCACCAAAAUACAUAAAGGUCAAAGCGCAGAAUCGGAAACAGAGAGACUUUGAUAGACUAUUCCUGGCGCAGGUCCUGCUCGAGGAAAAGAAGAAGGCCCGUACCAAGCCACCUUCGAUAGACACCAAAAUUCAUGGCAUCAAUGAGGUACCACAGGAGCCCGAAAAGCCUCCGGGUCGAAAUAAGAGCAAUGCGAUAUGGGCAGCCGAGUUCUCCCGGGAUGGCAAGUACUUGGCCGCUGCGGGACAGGACAUGAAGUUGAGGGUAUGGCAAGUCCUGUCGACACCAGAGGAGCGAGCGGCAGACGAGCAGGCAGCGGUGGACGGGUCGGAUGAUGGCAACAAUGUACGACUUAAUGCGCCCGUAUUCAGACAGAAGCUCAUCCGUGAAUACGACGGGCACACGUCAAGCAUUCUGGACCUGAGCUGGAGUAAGAAUAAUUUCCUCUUGUCCUCGUCCAUGGACAAGACUGUUCGUUUGUACCAUGUCACACGAGAAGAGUGCUUAUGUGCAUUCAAGCAUAACGACUUUGUUACAUCGAUUUCAUUCCAUCCUCGAGACGACCGCUUUUUCUUAGCUGGAUCGCUGGACUCGAGGAUACGUUUAUGGAGUAUUCCGGACAAGACCGUGGCCUACAUGCAACAGACGCCCGACAUGGUCACUGCUGUGGCGUUCACACCAGAUGGCAAGACUUCGAUCGCUGGAUGUCUCAAUGGGAUAUGCAUUUUGCACGAUACCGAAGGGCUGAAGCCCCACUCGCAAAUACAUGUCAAAUCUGCCCGUGGCAAGAACUCGAAAGGAAGCAAAGUCACGGGCAUUGACACGAUCGCAAUAGCUCGUCUGAACGGUCCACCUGAUGUCAAGCUUCUCAUCACGAGCAACGAUUCAAGAAUACGAAUGUACAAUAUGAAGGAUCGAAAUCUGGAGAUCAAAUUCAGAGGACACGAGAAUACCUGCAGUCAGAUCCGUGCUACUUUUAGUGACGACGGCAAAUUUGUUGUUUGUGGAAGUGAGGACAAGAAGGUUUACGUUUGGCCGACCGGAUCACUGGAGAGGCCCGACAGCGACAAGCGACCCAUGGAAGUAUUCGAGGCGCACUCGAGCAUUGUCACACUGGCUCUGAUGGUCUCGACAAAGACGAAGCGGACACUGGCGCAAUCCGGCGAUCCGCUAUAUGAUUUGUGCAACCCACCGCCAGUCACAUUGGUCAGUCGCGCGGAAUCGGUGAUAUCGUCGAAAGCGCCCACGAUGCAGAGCGGCGGAUCGGACGCGGGAGAGCGGAAGUCGAGUUCACCGAAGCGCGCCCCGGAAUCGCCAGCGUAUCUCGCUCGUCAUGCGCAUGCCGGUGGCCACAUCUUUAUCACCGCCGACUAUACCGGUCAAAUCAAGGUCUUCCGACAAGACUGUGCCUACCAGAAGCGACGCACUGAAUCGUGGGAUUCCAACUCGGCAAGAAAGAUGCUAGCCCGUUCCGGUUCGGUUCGACGUAGUUCGAUCGGGUCGUCCGUUCACCGGGCAUCUCUAAACAUCGACGCGAAGAACAAUCGCUCAGCUGACCGAAUCCUCAGCUGGCGGAAUUCGAUUUCCGUCAACGGCAGUACCAACGGCAAUACCGUGGUAACGUCCACUUCCGAGUCAAAUUUCCGCGAAGUCCUAAGUGAAAGCCCCAGCCGCGAUACAUCACCAAGUAGGAAAUGGUCUCAUCGCUUGUCGCUGCGAUCCUCGCCUCGCCGCACUUCCCUGAGCAACAGCGUCAACGCCAAAACGAAUAAAGAUCCAUCACCUUUGAUCGGCUCCGCGUCGAACAGCGCCAACAUCGCUGUCUCGCUCGCACCGCCGCAGACACCGGACUCGGCUCAGAACAGCUUUCAUUCCGCCAAGUCACCAAUCACACACGCCCUUUCGAAGCCGCCGCUAACCCGCGCCGAUGAGUCGAAUACCUCUGGCGUCUCUUCCGUAGCCACGUCCCUCCAGGAAAUCACCACCAACCCAACCAAUCACGAGAUCCCGCAUGAUACGGGCAACUCGCUCUUUCUGAUCGACGGCCAGAGCUUUCAGGCGUGGGACAUGGAGCACAAUGUCCUUCCUAUGGUGCAGCGCUUGCCUCGGACGCCCGGCUUAUUGGGCGAGAACGGGGAGCGGUUCGCUGCGGAGCGGGAUGGGAGAGUUGGUGGUGGUGGGGACUAUCUUGACGCUCGUGGCGGCGGAGAGCGGGAGCAAUUGGUCAGGGGAAAUAGUUAUGGGAGUCGCGAGGGAAGCGUGUUGAGUCAGUUGAGCAGUGAGAUUGGCAGUGCGGAGAAUGAAGAGCAGGAAGAAGUGGGUGAGGAGGGAGGGGAGAGUGAGGUGGCGUGUAAGAAUUGUGGGAAUACGACGUUUAAGGCUACCAUGGGGACGAGGGGGCAUCGGUUGCGUUGUCGGGGUUGUGGGACUGCGAUGUGA